UCCGGGAGCUUUCUUUGCUUGGAUAUUUUUCCUUUGACCACUCUGGUUCUAUUGCUUUCCACGCAACCACGCAUCCGCAACUCAUCCGUGUUAAUUUAUCGCAAUUUGCCUUAUAUAUCUAAACUAAUUUCCUUGUCCGUGUUGUCCCGCUUGUGCCCCUUCAGCAACAAUGUUCUCCCGAAGCCUGAAGUCAACAACAACCCCACUUUGCUCCUCGUCCUUCGCUUCUCGUCCUCUCUUCAAUUGCAAUCAGUCUUCUUUCCUCUCUCUUCGUCAGUUUCAUCAAACAGCCGCAACCAUGUCAAACACCAAAGCCUUCUUUGACAUCGAGUACGCCCCUGUGGGCACCAGCGCCCCCAAGACGGGCCGCAUCACCUUCAACCUCUACGAGAAAGACGUCCCCAAGACCGCUAAAAACUUCCGUGAGCUUUGCAAGUUGCCGCAGGGCCAGGGUUACAAGGGCUCCGCCUUCCACCGUGUCAUCCCCAACUUCAUGCUUCAGGGCGGUGACUUCACCCGUGGCAACGGCACUGGUGGUCGUUCCAUCUACGGCGAGAAGUUCGCCGAUGAGAACUUCCUGUACAAGCACAGCAAGCCCGGUCUUCUUUCCAUGGCUAACGCUGGCCCCAACACCAACGGCUCCCAGUUCUUUAUCACCACCGUUGUGACCUCCUGGCUCGAUGGCAAGCACGUCGUCUUCGGCGAGGUUGCCGACGAGGAGUCCAUGAAGGUUGUCAAGGAGAUUGAAGCCCUUGGCAGCAGCUCUGGAGCUGUCCGCUCUGCCGUCAAGCCCACCAUCGUUGACUGUGGUGAGCUGUAAAUGCGUCAAGAGGAGGAAACUAAGAAAGCCAAUUUGUGAGAGGAAAAAAUGCUGACCUCGGACGCCUGACCUUACGGGAUGGAUUGAAAACAGCCAAUGGUUUUUUUUUUCCCUUUUCCUUGAGUGAGCUUCGAGGUAACGGUGGUCUCCUGUUUUCCUUGCCUGGUGUAAUCUAGAGUGUCUAUUGACAUAUUACCAACCUCCAUUAUCUCUGUUGCCUUUCCUUCCCCUUAACAUAAGUUUAUGGAAUAACCAGCAGUGAG